AUGAGCAAAGAGCAGUCAUGUGUGUCCGACAUGUUGCCAGAAGAAGGUUUACCUGUGGAAGAGAGGGAGAAGCACAGUAACCCCGCCGACGGUAAUAAGUCUUUAAAAUCGUCUGAGGAAAUCCUCUCAACGUGUGACCCUGUAGGAGGAAAUACCAGGCCCCCUGACUUCAUCAGCGCUCAGCCCGGGCCUGCCGCAGCACCUCCGGCGGCAGCCUCAGGGGGAGCGGCGGUCAUCAGAGAGAAACCCACCUGCCCGCGAUGUGGCCUCACCGUCCCUGACCAGAGACCGCCCCCUGGGCCGCCCGGUCAGCCCGGUCAGCCCGGUCUGGACGGGCUGCAGGGCUCCAGCUCCUCCGUGCACAGCAGCAGGAGCAAGGCCGGUGCGGCCGGACCACACCAGGGCGCCCCGUCACCCGCCGACCUGCUGCUGGCGUGCCUGUGGUGCCGGGGCUCUGUGCUGGUCCUGGGCGUGCUGGAGGCCUGCUCCUCCUGCCUGCAGGGCCUGUGCCCGUCCUGCUGCGGGGCCUGCGCCCGCUGCUGCUCCGGCCUGCCGGACGCCGGCCUGCAGGAGCUCAGCUGCCACGCGCACUGCCCCUCCGCCCUCUUCCAGUCCUGCUGCCAGCCCGCCGAGUGCCUGGAGUUCUGCCUGGAGUGCUGCCAGAUCUGCCACCGCAGCUAA